UUCCCUGCAAAUUAAAUCAACCAUCAAACUUGAUCAGCAUACUUGUUUAAACCACCAGCUAGGCUCUAGCUGCCAAUUUUGCUUUUAAUUUCUUUUAAAACUUGGGCUUGUAUCUGAGAGAGAAAGGAGGAGAGAGGAUGGGUUCCCGUUUCCACUUCUUCCUAAUUCUCAGCCUAGUAGUUUUGGCUAUCUGUUCCAUGGGUUGCUCAACUCCGACGGAGGCCAGGGCGGAGCAACAGGCAAAUUCCACCUCCGUCCACAACCCAGAUGCCAAAGUAACAUCAGCUUCAAAAGUAUGGAAGAGCCCUGGUUUGGGAUACACCACUCUUUUAAGACACGUUCAUGGGGUUCUGAAUAUGAUAGGAUGGGGAACUUUAAUGCCCAUUGGGAUUAUUGUUGCUAGAUAUUUCAGACAAGAAUUCCCAAUGAAUUGCGACCAAUGGUAUUCCGUUCAUGCUGUCUGCCAAACUUGUGGUUAUAUUAUGGGCACUGUCGGAUGGGGCUUUGGACUCUCUAUACUUAACUCUUCAAAACGCUCUCACCCAUCAUUCUUAAUUCUCGGCAUUUUCGUCAUCCUCCUCGCCACCAUUCAAAUGUUUGCCAUAUGUGUGCAACCGAAGAAGGAGAGCGGGAGGCGGCGGUGGUGGGAAAUAUACCAUCAUGUUAUGGGAUAUGUGAUAAUGACACUGAUAAUAGCAGACAUAUUUGAAGGAAUCAAUGCACAGCGCCACCCAGAAAAGUGGCGAUGGGCUUACGUCGGUAUACUUUCAGCUCUUGCACUUGUGGCCGCGGCUUUGGAACUCAACAGAUGCAUCAAGCUUAAACUCUUUAAACAAGCUAUGAAAUUAAAUGCCAAUAUGUAUUCUCACACUACUUGAUUUUCAGGUUUCAUCAUCAUCCUCCUCAUCUCUCCACCACAAUUUCCUCAUCUCUACAUCAUUUUUUUGUGUAUCCCACACUA